AUGAAAGUGUGCGCUUGUGUUCUGCUGUUCACGAUAUUCGCUCUCAUCACAACGAGCUCUCAAGAUACUAACAAAGACUUAAAACUAAAAAAAGCAAUCCAUGACAAACUCCAUGCCAAGGAAGAAAGAAAACUCAACAUCGCCAAAGACCUUCUAGCAAAGACUAAAGCACUAAGUAAGGUACCUAGGUUCCAGGUCACAACACCAAGAGUAGUAACCUUCACUGGAUUCAUAAUACAAGCGAUUAAUAUAAUCAAUACUUAUGAUGAUAUCACCUUCGGAGACUUUAUCGACACUUUAAAUGAAGAAGUUAAAAACUAUCACUACAGAGGAUGUAAAUUCUCUGAGCUAACCAAACACCAUGAUACUAGAAGGAUGUUGCAAACUAAAUUGAACUUGAUCAGUGGUAAACCAACGGUAGAGAAAUUCGAAAAGAUUUUAAAUGAAUUGCAAUAUUACAACAAGCCGAAAACUAGAAGAAUGGACGAUAAUAUGGCAGAAGUUAUAAAGGAUGCGCUGAAGGCGUUAAUAUUCGACUACUAUACACAUUUACAUGUAAACGCUAAAAUAGAACUGAAAGAAAGAAUACAGAAUAUUUGGAAUCAAAUGAAAGGAACACAAACUUCAACUUUCAACACAAAACAGUUUCAUGUGUCACCUCCUACUACUAACUUUUACAUAUCAGAGACAGAAGAUAAAGAAUCCAGCAAUGAUUUAGAAGUAGUAACUAGUGUUGAAGCAAGAGCUAAUAAAAAUGAAAAUACAGAUCCGGAGUCAGAAAAAGUUUUAGACUCUUCUUCUAAUUCUAUAGAGCAGUUCCAGGAGAAACUACGUGAGUUUAAUACGCACCGUUACGUAACUUUAGUUACUGAAGGUUUCGACGAGGUACAUUCAGACGAUGAAACGGAUGAAGCCAAUCAAUUAGGAACCAAUAAUGAACCAAACCACAAAAUUAAACCACAAUCAUCUGACGAGAACUCAAAAUAUGUGAAAGGUUUAGCAAGAUAUGCAAUGAAACAUUUAAACAACCACGAUAUUAAUAAAGUAUAUGAGAUGGCCACUGGCGAAAAGAAACAUAAAUCAAAAGAUAAAAAGAAGUACAGACAAAAGAAGCAACAGUAUUCAGUUGAAGAAGAUGAAGAUAAUAUAGGAAGGACACCUCGUGAUAAUGAUAAAUAUUAUGAAGCAAAGAAUAAUGAUGGAAGUGGUAGUAGUAACACCACAACAGCAGCCAACGUAAACGAUGAUUUAGAGAGAAGAGUAAGUAAUCUAGAAAAACAAGUGCAAGAAGUUAGGAAAGAAAUGAUUGUUGGACACAAAGAAGAUAGAAAUAACAAUAAAGACUCAGUUACAAUUAAAUCAAAGUACGAUUCGAAUAAUAAGCUUGAUGUUAGAACAGCUUUACCAACUGUUCAAAUGAGAGCUGAAGCAAAAAAUACUAAUGCUGAAGAAGUAACUGCGAGAGAACCAUUCGUAAUUAUAAGAAAUAGAGCAGUUGAUGAAGACACAAGUACAGCAGAUACAAGGGUAUAUGACAAUGGACAUGAAACUACAGUUUAUGAUAAAACCAAUGCGUCUAUGACAACUAGUACAAAUCUAAGAAGACGUAAUUCUCCUAUAACUCAUCCUGCUGCAGAUUAUACUUAUAUAGAGUUGGAUCCGUUUGAUCAUACACAUGAUGACUAA